GAUCAGGUUGCCCUCGGCCCAGCCCUCCAGGGGGCCGCAAUCACAACACGAGGCAGCCGAGGGCAGGUGAGAUGUGGUUCGCUGGUAGGCUGGGGCGUUUUGAUGGACCAAGAGCCUUGGCUGCUUGGAAUUUGGCUGGGCAGUGGGCCCUUGGCACCCUGAUCAUCCUUUCCGGCGCCAAAUUUCCUGGGCCAAGACCGAGCCCAGUCGACAGCCUCUUGGCCAGCAGACCGGCGGCAGCCAAAGGAUGGCCCAUCAUUACAUUCUAAUUUUACCAGAGAGCGUGGCGCGUCUCCUGACUCAAUCGGGAGGAAAAGUAUAUCAUCCCUUGCCGUGGGAUUUCUUUGACGAUAGGGCUCCGGUUUUCCGUUGUACAACCUUCAAAGCCAGCAUUCCACUUUGUUCCGCCGGCGGGUUAGUCUAGCAAGCGUCCGCCUUUCCACCUUUUCCACCGCUAUUCAUCGUCACUCGUUCCCGACUGGGUAGUUCCUUAAAUUCAAACCCGACAACAUGAAGUCUGUGUCAUCAGUCCUGCUCCUCGCGGGCACCGUCAUUGCGACCCGCACCGGGCCUCUCCAGCCCAGGCAGUCUGGCAGCAGCAGCAGCAGCAGCACACCCGAGGUCACCAUCCGGGGGAACGCUUUCUGGGCCGGCGAUGAGCGUUUCUACAUCCGUGGUGUGGCUUACCAGCCAGGCGGUGCUGCCGACGCUGCGGACCCCUUGGUCGACAUCACGAGCCUCAAGAGGGAUAUCGAGAACUUCAAGGAGCUCGGCAUCAACACCAUCCGUGUGUACACCGUCGACAACUCGGAGAACCACGAUGAGGGCAUGGGCCUCCUGGCCGACGCGGGCAUCUACCUCGCCCUGGACGUGAACUCGCCCAAGUUCUCUCUCAACCGUGCUGAUCCCUUCCUGUCGUACAAUGAGAAGUACCUGCAGUCUGUCUUCGCGACUGUGGAUGCCUUCGCCAACUACUCCAACACCCUUCUCUUCUUCAGCGGUAACGAGGUCAUCAACGACAAGAAGACCACCGGCACCGCCCCUUAUAUCCGUGCCGUCACCCGUGACAUCAAGAACUAUAUCAACGCCCGCGGCUACCGUACCAUCCCCACCGGAUACUCCUCCGCCGAUGUGUCCGAGAACAUUGUCCAACAGCUCGAGUACUUUGACUGCGGUGACGACAGCUCCCGCUCCGACUUCUUCGCCUUCAACGACUACUCGUGGUGCGACCCCUCGGACUUUGUCAAGUCCGGCUGGAAGGCCAAGGUCGAGAAGUACACCGGCUACGGGAUCCCUCUGUUCCUGUCUGAGUACGGCUGCAUCGAGGACGAGCGUGCCUGGGGCGAGGUUGCUGCCCUGUACUCCACCAACAUGACCACUGUCUUCUCGGGCGGCAUUGCCUACGAGUACUCAGUCGAGCCCAACGGAUACGGUAUCGUCGAGAUCAAGGACGGCAAGAUCACCCCUAACCAGGACUUCGAGGAGCUGGCUACCGCCUUCAAGAACACCCCCAACCCCGCUGGUGACGGCCAGUUCGACUCCGACUCCACCGCUGCCGAGUGCCCUGCCGCUUCCGCCGACUGGGAGGUUGCCGAUGAGCUGAUCCCCGCCCCCCCGUCCGCCAUUGAGGAGUUCAUGGACAACGGCGCCGGCGCUGGCCCUGGUCUGUCCGAGGACGUCGUCACCUCGCACUACGGCGGUGACUCCUACUCCGAGUCCAACGUCACCAUGGAUGGAGUCGUGGUUGCCUCCACCGGCAACGGCUCGUCUUCAAGCGGCUCAAGCGGAAGCAGCAGCGGAAGUUCGUCAGAGAACGCCGCCGUCGGGUCUGCUGCGCCAGGCCUUAUCCUGUCCAUGGCCUCUGCCGUGUGCAUGGGUCUGAUUGUCUUCCUCUAAGAAAUUGCAUAACAUACCUGUCCGGUGUCUUUCAUAGCCUUUGCCACGUUUGGAAUGUGAUGGUUGGGAGCUACACAAUUCUUAAUUCUUAAAUAGACUUCUUUUACAAGCCUCA